AUGUUAUUCGCCGCGCCAUUGCAAACCACGUCUCAUGACGUCACCUGUUUACGGAAUUUUGCAAAGUUCAAAGAAGCUGCUUCUUUCAUUGCUCAGUUUCCAGCAUUGUGGCUGAUGUUAGAUGUCAUGGAUAACGAAAGUAAUCAAAAGGUUCUAUCAUCAGCGUCACGACCGGCCAGGAGCAAUUCGUAUGUCCAGUUGAGGAAUGAGGAACACGAAUCUGAAGUGCACACAGAGGAGCUAGGUCGUAGCGGUCCAUCAUUGCCAUCUCGAACGCAUUCCGAAUUCGCCGGUGGGGCGGCAUCCAAUAGAAGAAAGAUCAAUGAAAGCUUUGUUCCAUCUACUUCGAUCGUAUCGGAGCGUGAACGCCGCGAUGAUGAGCUCAUAGCAAUGCUCAACGAAAACGCUGUCCAUGAUGUGGAGGACACACGAAGCAGAAGGUCGAGUGGUGGUCGGAGUGUGAUGUCCGUCCAAACCACACAAAGUGUGACCUCUGAGCAACCUCCAGAUAUCUCGCAGAUGAAAUCACAAUUAUGGGCUAAGGAGACGCAAAUUUCUGCAAUGCGAACGAAGAUCUCGGAUCUUGAACGGAAGCUGGCUAAGCGAAGCGACGAACUGUUUGAGUUGAAGGCAGAAAAAGAACUUGUGGAGCAGCGGUUAGCUCAACAGGCCAAUGCAGAUAGCGUGGAGGAGCUGAAAAUUGCUAGAAGGAAGGCUCAAGAACAACGCGACGUUUUGCUUGAAGAAUGCACACAGCUGAAACGAAAGUGUAUGGCUCAUGAAGAGGAAGUUCGUGCGAUGGGAGAACAGCUUCGUCUUGCAAAGUUCAAUCUGAGCGAGAACAAGAAAGAGUUUGAUCAGUACAAGGAGAAGGCGCAGAAAAUUCUACAAGCGAAAGAAAAACUGGUGGAUUCACUGAAGACGGAGCAGCACGUAGGCGAUUCCGCUGACCGACCAGGACAUUUGCUUCAGGCUGAACUUGAGGAGAUGAGAGUCGAGAGGGAUCUUGCCCGGGCGGAUCUGGAAUCGGCACAACUGAUGGUCUACAAUUUACGAUCUGAAAUUGACGAAAUGGAAAAUCAGCUGAGAGAGGAACAGGCUAAGCAAUCAGAACAACGAAGGCAGUAUCUGGAAGAGAAGCAGAGCUGGCAUGCAACGGUGUCCCUACUAAAUGAGAAAGUAGAUUGUGCCAGGAUCGAAAGCGAGUUCCAAAAGCAAGAGAUGAAAAGGCAAAGUGAAGAUUUUGCAAGGAAACUAGAAUUACAGGAAGCUGAACUCAGAAAGAAUGUGGAAGACCAGAGAGCGAGGAGGCGAGAGGAGGAGAUGACUCGUGGAAAUGACGGGUUAUCGUUGGGCGAACGUCUUUUGCAAAAACAAAUUGAGCUGGAGGAAGCGCAAAGAAAUAAUCAGAUCCUUGCUUUGAAGUUGGAGAGACUGCAGAAGAAUGCACGUGAAACGGUCAUUCCGAUAGAUCCUCCAUCUGCCUCACUUUCGAUCCAGAAUCCAGCUGCCAAACAAGCCGUGACAGUGGUUGACACAGUGAUGUUUCGCAUCAUAUCCAUGCUGCGCAACUACCCAGCAGCUCGGCUUUUCCUGGCUGUUUACUUCGUCGUUGUACAUCUUUGGGUAUUCUUCAUUGUCCUCACCUAUACGCCUGAAAUGCAUGACACUGGACAUCUUCCUGGCAAUGGUGACAGUGUACCUAAACCAGGCUAGGCCUCAUCCUUUAUCUACACUUGCUUUCCUCGAAAUGUGCAUGCAUUGUGUCUUUGAUAUUUGUAUAGAGUUUAUCUUUUUGUUCUUAACCCGAUGUUAUAAUUAUUUGUGCCUACAGUUGUAUAUACAAUGCCGCUAGUUGAUGCUUAUACUGGGUCAACCAAUAGGUAUAUAAUUGUUGUGAUUGGGAAGGUGAUAACAAUUUUGCACUGUCAGUUAUGAAAUGAAUUUUCG